AUGGCCACCGCCGUUCAGAACCCGCUCAAGUCUCUAGGCGAGGACUUCUACCGCGAGGCCAUUGAGCACUGCCGCAGCUACAACGCGCGCCUGUGUGCCGAGCGCAGCCUGCGCCUGCCCUUCCUGGACUCUCAGACGGGAGUGGCCCAGAACAACUGCUACAUCUGGAUGGAGAAGACCCACCGUGGGCCAGGUUUGGCUCCAGGACAGAUCUACACGUACCCCGCUCGCUGUUGGAGAAAGAAACGGAGACUCAACAUCCUGGAGGACCCCAGACUCCGGCCCUGCGAGUACAAGAUUGACUGUGAGGCACCUCUGAAGAAGGAGGGCGGCCUUCCUGAAGGGCCAGUCCUUGAGGCUCUCCUGUGUGCUGAGACAGGGGAGAAGAAGAUUGAGCUGAAGGAGGAAGAGGCCAUUAUGGACUGCCAGAAACAGCAGUUGCUGGAGUUUCCGCAUGAUCUUGAGGUGGAAGACUUGGAGGAUGAUAUUCCCAGGAGGAAAAACAGGGCCAAAGGAAAGGCAUAUGGCAUCGGGGGUCUCCGGAAACGUCAGGACACCGCUUCUCUGGAGGACCGAGACAAGCCGUAUGUCUGUGAUAUCUGUGGGAAACGGUAUAAGAACCGGCCAGGGCUCAGCUACCACUACACCCACACCCACCUGGCUGAGGAGGAGGGGGAGGAGAACACCGAGCGCCACGCCCUGCCCUUCCACCGGAAAAACAACCAUAAACAGUUUUACAAAGAAUUGGCCUGGGUCCCUGAGGCACAGAGGAAACACACAGCCAAGAAGGGGCCUGACGGCACUGUCAUCCCCAACGGCUAUUGUGACUUCUGUCUGGGUGGCUCCAAGAAGACAGGGUGCCCUGAGGACCUCAUCUCCUGUGCCGACUGUGGGCGAUCAGGACACCCCUCGUGUUUACAGUUCACGGUGAACAUGACAGCAGCCGUUCGGACCUACCGCUGGCAGUGCAUUGAGUGCAAGUCCUGCAGUCUGUGUGGCACCUCGGAGAACGAUGACCAGCUGCUGUUUUGUGAUGACUGUGAUCGGGGUUACCACAUGUACUGCCUGAGCCCUCCCAUGGCGGAGCCCCCGGAAGGGAGCUGGAGUUGUCACCUGUGUCUUCGGCACCUGAAAGAGAAGGCCUCUGCCUACAUCACUCUCACCUAG